CAUAAUUUCACUCACUUCUUGGAUUGAAUUUUCAUGGAGAGCACCGAUUCUUCCUCCGCCUCCCACCACCUCCCUAUCCAGCUGCCGCCGGGAUUCCGCUUCCACCCCACCGAUGAAGAGCUAGUUGUCCACUAUCUUAAAAAGAAGGCUGCUUCAGCUCCUCUCCCCGUCGCCAUCAUUUCGGACGUUGAUCUGUACAAGUUUGAUCCUUGGGAGCUACCAAGUAAGUCUACGUUUGGAGAGAAGGAGUGGUACUUUUUCAGUCCAAGAGACCGGAAAUACCCCAACGGCGCUAGGCCUAACCGGGCGGCAACUUCUGGGUAUUGGAAAGCCACCGGAAUUGAUAAGCCUAUACUAACUUCUGAUGGAACUCGAAAGGUUGGUGUGAAGAAAGCACUGGUUUUCUAUGGUGGUAAGCCUCCUAAAGGGAUUAAAACUAAUUGGAUUAUGCAUGAAUACCGUCUCGUUGAUAAUAUGAAUAAUUCUGCCUCAAAGCUUCCUGGUGUUGCUUCAACGACCCAGAAAGGAUCUUUAAGGCUUGAUGAUUGGGUUUUAUGCCGGAUUUACAAGAAAAACAACUCGCAGAAACCUACGGACAGGGACAAGGAGGAUUCAAUGGCGGGUUUGUUUUGUACACUUCCAUUAAUGCAUCCAAAACCCUCUGCAGCUUCAGCUUCAGCUUCCAAACCUACAAGUUUCGUCUCGGUGAUUGAAGAUGAAGAGAAUUUCUUUGAAGGGAUACUAACAGGAAAGAUUCACGGCAUGCAAAAUAGUUCAAAAAUUUCUCAUCAUCAUCAGUUACCCUGUUCAAGCCCCAAUCCAAAUAUCUCCACCAUACACUUUGCUUCUACUUCGAAUAACACUCUUCCAGUAAAAAAUCUACUCCCAUCUCAAUACUGGGAUGAAGCUGCUCCUGCAGGAUCAUCACCCAUGGCAGCUUCCUCAGGGAAGCGUUUUCAUGGUGAUCUUAACAGUUGUACUACUGCUACCGACGAUAACUCCUCGUUUGUUUCUUUGCUGAGGCAGCUUCCACAGGGUACACCAUUUCACCCUAACACGUUUCUUGGUGAUAACGUUUUGAGACAACAGUUUCAGCUUCCUAGCAUGAACUGGAACACAUAAUAAUUAAUCAGACACAUAUCUCUAUAUGUAUACAUACAUAUAUACAAAUCUAUGGAUGUUGUUAGAAUGCUUAGAUGAGAUAAUUUCAGUGUAAUCAGUCGAGACCUUUAAUUUCUAUUAUUACUUUUCGUUUUCCCUUCAA